AUGACAACAGACCCAACGGUGAAAUUAAGAUUUGCCAAGGACUCGUUGGUGGCUUCUUUGUUUGAGCUGUCGCGUGCUGCGAACCAAACGGCGUCUUCGAUUGUCGACUUUUAUAAUGCCACUGGUAGCGAUGAGGAAGAGAAGAUCGAAGCUUUCACGACUCUGACAGAGGCUUUACAACGUUUAACGUCUUCAACGAAUUCUUUACAUGGGAUCAGCUCGGAGUUGGUGAACCCCGCUGAGGACGAUAAGGAAGUGGUUCUGCCGGCACCCGUUGCAGCCAAGCCCGCUCCAAGAAAGAGAGCCGAACGUGAUCCAUACGCACCCAAGAAGCCCUUGACUGUGUUCUUUGCCUACUCUGCAUUUGUGCGUCAGGAAUUACGGGAUGCACGCCAGAGAGCUGGAUUACCACCUUUGUCUUCGACAGAAAUCACCCAGGAAAUUUCCAAGAAAUGGAAAGAGCUCAGCGACGAUGAGAAGGAGAAGUGGAAACAGGCCUAUAAUGUAGAGCUCGUUCAUUACCAGUCUGAGAAGCAAAAAUAUUUGGAAGCAAAGAAAAAUGGAACUUUAACUGUUUCAGAAGGUCCAAUAACUGCGGCUAUUCCAAUUCCUUUUGAUAUUCAACAGGAAGAACCAUUUGAAGCUGCUUCGAGGGAGAAACGUUCUCGUGAUGAGUCUAGCUCUGGUUCUUCUGAAAAGAAGAAGAAGAAGAAGAAGAAGGACCGUAAGAAGGAUAAAGAAUCAAGUCGUAACUGA